UUGUCUCCUAAAUUGGGCGCCUCUCUUCCUCAAGCUAUAGCCACUUCUCUCUCUCGAUCGAAGCACGAACCUACUGCCCUUCACACGUAGUGUGUGUGCUAGUCGUGUGUCAAGCACACCGUACCCACAACCUUCCAGAACCAAAGAUUCCAAUCAACCAACGUUCUCCGCCUAACCAGCUCGAUCGAUCGAUGGAUGGGAGCAGCAAUAGCCCCGACAGGCAGUCGUCGGGCGGCAGCCCGGAGGAGCGAGGCAGCGGCAGCGGGGGCCGGGGCACCGGGGAGCCGGUGCGGUCGCGGUGGACGCCGAAGCCGGAGCAGAUACUGAUCCUCGAGUCUAUCUUCAACAGCGGCAUGGUCAACCCGCCCAAGGACGAGACCGUCCGCAUCCGCAAGCUGCUCGAGCGCUUCGGCGCCGUCGGCGACGCCAACGUCUUCUACUGGUUCCAGAACCGCCGCUCCCGCUCGCGGCGUCGCCAACGCCAGAUGCAGGCCGCGGCCGCGGCCGCGGCGGCAGCCGCCUCCUCCGCGGCCCAGCAGAGCUCUCCGGUGGCUAGCCCCACAGUCGGCCUUCCCUCUGGCGCCGUACAAUACCCCGUGGCCAUGGGUGGGAGCGCGAGCGUCUGCCAGUAUGAGCAGCAGGCCAGCUCCUCCUCGUCGUCGGGAAGCACGGGCGGCUCGUCGCUGGGGCUGUUCGCGCUCGGCCCGGGGGUGCCCGGAACCGGAGCUGCUGGGUACUUCCAGGCGUCGUGCGGCGCUUCGUCGCCGCUGGCGUCCGGGCUGAUGGGCGACGUGGACAGCGGCGGCAGCGACGAUCUCUUCGCCAUCUCGCGGCAGAUGGGGUUCGCGGAGAGCCCGGUCGCCUCGUCCUCCGUGGCGCCGAGCACCGCCGGGCACCAGCAGCAGUAUUACUCAAGCCAAUCACCCGCAGCGACGAUCACGGUGUUCGUCAACGGAGUGCCAAUGGAGGUUCCCCGGGGUCCAAUAGACUUGCGAGCCAUGUUCGGCCAGGACGUGAUGCUCGUCCACUCCACCGGGGCCCUCCUCCCCGUCAACGACUAUGGAAUCCUAACGCAGAGCUUGCAGAUGGGCGAAAGCUAUUUCUUGGUGGCAAGGCCGACUUGAAACUGCCCCAUAUAGCAGCUAGAUUUGUAGAACAACAGUCUCUCUACUCAAUAUUCAUUGGGUGGGAUGGGAUGGGAUGGGAUGCAGUUCUUAAUCAGUCAGGACGGGACUUUUGCAAUCCAUUGUCCAUGGAGAAGAGAAGCUGCUAGCUUAGCUAGUACCAAGAAACGUAUACAUAUAUGUAUAUUGCAUAUCAAGAAGUACGUACCUGUUGUAUGUCCUUAGAACAUACGAAAGCGUGGGCGGCCGUCGAUUGAAUUUCUCAAUUGGAUUAUGAAUUACAAAAUGCAUAUGCAUGCAUGAAUAUUCUCCCAGGCAGAAGAGCUACGUAUGUAUUCUUUUUAGCCAGGCAGUUGCAAACAUUUGUACUGGUUUAAUUUAUGAUUGCGAUGUAAUGCUACUACAUAUGUCGGCUGGACGCGCUUGGAAUGUCUGUCCUUAAUGUAAGGCCAAAUGGAGGUCUAAAUUAUGGUCUUAUUCCUUUGUA